AUGAAGGGCGGCAUGCGGCGGAUCCUAAACCUUGGGUUGUAUGACGGCCGCAGGCACCUGUAUUCGCUCCGGCGCUUGGACCUCCUCAAGAUUAAUUUUUUUCACCCCACGGCAGAACAAGUGGCCGCGCAUGGCAAGGUGUUGCCAACAGUACUGACGCCCGCCGAGGCCAACACGACAAGGAUCUCCGGCACUAAUUUGGCGGCGGCGGCGCCCAAGAUUGAUCCUCCAAAGACCGAGCUGGUCAUAAGGCCGCCGCAGCUCGACUACUCCAUGUGGAACCAUCACACCGUUCAUUUCUUGCCCACCGCCUCGGAGAGCAAGGUCGUCAUUGCCGACCGCGGGAACCGCAUGCUGCGCUUCGACGUCGUCGAUGGCACCCGCUGCAUCGAUACGCUGCCAUGGCUCAACGGACCCAAGGUGAUGCCGAUGGCCAUCUCCGUCCCUCCAACGGAUGUACACAUCCAUGACGGCGAAGACACCGGCGACCUCUACAUCAUCGAUGGCCUCCUCUACCCGCACAUGGCGGAGGAGCGGCCGCAGUUCGAGGCCCUGGUGUGGAGGGGGAUCCGCCCGACCCGUCACAGGUUCUGGCACUGCGACAUCCUCCCGCUGCCGCCGUGGAUCACCCACCGCAAGCGCGCCUUCGUCCACAGCCACGCCCUCGUCGGCGACACCAUCUGCUUCUCCAUCUCUAGCACUGAGGGUGCCAGCACCUACCGCUCCUCCAACUCUGCAGGCGUCGAGGGUGCCGGCACCUACUGCUUCCACAUUGAGACUCGUGAGUGGAGCAAAGCUGGCGACUGGCUCAUGCCCUUCCAUGGCAAGGCGGAUUACGUCCCCGAGCUUGGUCUCUGGUUUGGCAUCUCUUUGCAAGGCAACCUCCCCUGCGCUGCUGACCUCUCGGGCGUUGUCACAGGGGAGGAGCCGUCGCCAGAGAAGAUGCGGAUCUGGGCUCGUGAUGACCUGCCAGACGAGUGGCAGCCCGACAUUUUGUUCAGGUCCAAGGUCGCGAGUCUCGGUUCUGGCAGGUUCAUCCUCAUGGACAUGUUGGGUACCAUUGCAUCUGCAUCUCGCAAGGAAUUUACCCUCUUCACUGGUAUUGAGGUAGCGUUCAGCAAUGGCAGCAAAGGCAAAGGCAACAGUGGCACCGAUGGCUCCGGCAACGAGAGUGGCUCUGGUGACGACAGCGAGAAUGGCGGCAAAGGCAAAGCAGGGACAAUGUGUGGCCUCCGUAUGAUCAAGCACAAAUCCGGUCGUUACAUGUAUAACAGGCAAUUAGAGAUCCAGGCGGUGUUCUGA